AACAGUGCAUCACGGGAAGGUUUAUUUCAAACAUGGCGGAUUGAAAUACGACGUUAAUUUAUAUGGAAAAAUAACACACCUCUUUAUUUUGGAACUGAGCUGAAUAAUUUAAUUCAGUACACAUUGUGCAAUAUCUUCAAGGUACCGAUAUAAUUUAUGAAGAGCUACUGUGUAGCCUUUUCCUCAAAAGUUAGCUUUUCAAAGCAAGGUGUUGUUUUUUUGUCUACCACAGCACAAUACCGAACUUGACAUUUUCUCUUCGCAUGAUUUCAUAACGGGCUGAAAACAGCGGCCAGAAUUGUCGAGGCAUCAAAGGAAAAUGGCUGUUUGUUGCUAGUAAUGUCCAAGGGAUUUAACCAUUGGGGUCGGCGGUGUACUUAAUGCCUUUUUUACGAAGGCAGUGCGACUUCAUUGUGCUAAAUAUUAUUAAAAAACGCCAUGGCUUCUGCUGUGAGAAAGGACGAAAAAACGCCCAAAAAUGCACUUGAACAACCGUCCAGCUGUCCAGGAGAAGAUAAAAUGCUUAGCUCACCUGACAAUAACCAGCUAGAAGAGUCCAAAAAUGAAGCCGUGCUAAAAGCCAACCGAUCAGAUAUGAAUUGUGCAGAAGGCAAUGAAGAAACAGGUGUAGUGGAUAAAGAACUUGAUCUAUUUUCUAAAGGAGACACGGAAGCCGCUGCUUUUAAGAGCGAUAUUGUGCAAGAAAUUACUGAUCCUGCAAAUGGAGGUAGUGAAUUUUUAGUAAAGGAUUCCAGAUCCAUGCAAGAAGCAGUAGAGCCUACCAACACAGUGAUGGGAGAAAGUAGUUGUGAGGAAAUUGAAGAACAUGGUGUCAAGAGUGAAGGAGAAGAUGCCAGUAUUGGGGACAACUUAAAAAAGAAAUCAGAGGAACUGGAGUCAGAAAGUACAGCGACUUCAACUGCAGAAAGUCAUGACUUACAAGCUGGAAGCACUGGUGAAAAUGAGACAUUUGAUAAGCAAAGCCAGUCACUUUAUCACAUCAAGUGGAUUCAAUGGAAGGGAUUAAACACACCGAUAAUUACACAAAAUGAGAAUGGCCCAUGUCCAUUACUUGCUAUCAUCAAUGUGCUGUUGCUGCAGCGAAGGGUCAGCAUUCCACCCAUGCAGGAGAUAAUUAGUUCUUCUCAACUGAUGGAAUAUUUGGGAGAUUGUAUUUUAGCCCAGGCACCUGAGAGAUUACCAGAGGGUGCGCAACUAAACUAUGAGCAGAACAUGCAUGAUGCCAUUGGCAUAAUGUGUAAAUUGCAAACUGGGCUGGAUGUGAAUGUUAAGUUCACAGGGGUUGGUGACUUUGAGUUCACACCAGAGUGUAUAGUAUUUGACCUUCUUGCGGUACGGUUACUCCAUGGCUGGCUGGUAGAUCCUCAGAAUGCAGAGGCGGUUACUGCUGUGGGCAGCUCCAGCUACAAUCAGUUGGUAGAGAAGAUUAUUGCAAGCAAACAGGAACCCACAGAGGACUCCCAGCUUAUCUCUGCAGGUCUGAUUGCAGAGGCAUUUUUAGAGCAGACAGCAACACAGCUUACAUAUCAUGGCCUCUAUGAGCUGAACUCUAGUUUGGGAGAUGAAGAGCUGUGUGUAUUUUUCAGGAAUAACCACUUUAACACCCUUUAUAAGCACAAGAAUGAGCUGUUUUUGCUGGCAACUGACCAAGGCUACCUCACGGAAGACAAGGUUGUAUGGGAGACACUCUCUAAUGUUGAGGGUGAUGGGUGCUUUGUGGAUGCAAACUUCAGGACUGUGACUCAACCUCAGGCUGUGGUUCAACCCAUUCCUGCACCACCUGCUGCUGGAGCAGAUGCAGGGAUAUCUCAAGAAGAUCAAGAUUAUCUGGUUGCGCUAAGCCUGCAAGAAGAGCAGGCCAAGGAGGAGGCUCGACAGGGCCAGGUUCCACUAGAACCCCUCCCUACACAGCCCCACUCUACUCCUGUGGUAUCUAAUAUGACUACUCAGGAGUGGAAUGACUUGCAGCUUGCCAUGCGGUUACAAGAUGAGGAACGAAGACAACAGGAGCAACAGCUAGCUACUCAGCAAAGACAGCAGACUCCAGCAACAAGACAGGCACCCUCGCCAAGUAGGCGCCCACCGCAACCAACCACACCCAGACGAGAGGCCCCAACUGUACAACCACGUCCACAGGGAGCCCAACAGAGUCAAAGCUCAAAUGACAAAUGCACACUUUUGUGAAGAGGUGACAACAGUGAAGGAUUCCAGGUACUGGGGUUUGGAUCUUGCUGUUUAGGAAGAGUUAGGACCACUCUGGUUAGACUACGCAGUGUCUAAUGAAUUGAUAUAGAUUAAAAAUGUGUACAUGUGCAAUCACCACAAAUUAAAAAGUUAUUUUUCUCAGGUAUUAUAAUAUAUUAUAAUAUUGUAUUAUAAUAUAUUUUAAUAUAUCAUAUAUCAAAAAGCCAAUUUCAGCUAUCUACACAAUGCAAAGCUAAGAGAGAAUUUAUUACAACUUUGAUGAGCAUUCAGACAAAAUACUGUACCAAGAUAAUUUCAAUGAUUUUACAUAGUCAAUACUGUUUGCAAUGUUUAGAAUAAAUUUUCAAUAAAUGUUGACAAAUUAUAUAGGUACACUACUGUAUGCCUAUAGAGGUCAAGGUGACAUGGACAGUGAAUCCGGAAAAAAAACUGCAUUUUGGAAAUUCAAAACAAAUUUGAACAGCCUCGAAUAAUUCUAUUUCAUCAAUAGAAACACAAUUACUCUGAUAUGUUAUUUACAAUUUAAAAGACACCAAAACUAAUGCUGUAUACUUUAAAUUUCCUGGUACAAGAUUUUUGCUUGGUAUUUUUGUUGGAAUUUAUAUGGAAUAAUUCUGAGGCCAAUUCACUACACAAAGUCUCUAUUUGAUAUUGGGAACAGGAAUUGAAAUAAUAGCGCACAUGGUUUUCCUAACAAAAAAAUGAGUUUUGCUGCAAAAACAAAUAGCUAGGUUAUUUAAUCAAUUUGCAUGGAGUAUUGUAUAUUGGUAGGCCUGAUUUCUAGCUUGUUCGUAUGAGCCCGCGAUCAGCAAAGAACUCGGGCUCACGCGUCGGCUGGAAACCAAGGCUAUACUGCUUGCUGUACCGCUACGGGGGAAAGUGUUAUCAACAAAUAUUGUGUUAAAACAAAUUCUUUAUCAAAA